AUGGAACUGCCUCCGCAUCCAUACCCCUCUCUGAAUAAGGCUAAGAGGCCACGGGUUGCAGAAGAGAAUCGCAAAAGAGCUGUACGAGCAUGCGAUGGAUGUCGGAGAGUGAAGGAAAAAUGUGAAGGGGGAGUACCCUGUCGCAGGUGCACACGCUAUCACCGUCAAUGCAUAUUUAAUGCACCAUCGGAACCAAUAGAAAAGUCAAUUAGACACCGCCACCGAACUGAAAGUUUCACGCGCGAUGAUGAAGCAGAAGCCGAGCGGGUGCGCUACAUGGAACGCAUACUGGCGCAUUAUGUACCCAAUAUGUCCUUCGACAUCCUGUCACUACGCAAAGUGGCCGAGGGCCUUCAAAGAGAUCAUCGUGAACAGUCAAUAUCCGAAGGACCUGCAACUCAGGCUGAGACGGAUGACUUGGAUGACCUGGCUAUAGAUGAAGAAAACUUCAGUAUCCGAGCUUUCCCAGAUAAUACAACUCAGUAUUCAGGAGAGUUUUCGUAUCUCAACUUUUCUAUGAAAAUCCGAAGAAAGAUUGAUGAAUGGAUGCAGUCUAGUGCACCAGAGGAAAGGGAAGAAACACUUCCGUUUGAAGAAAGAUGGAGGUCUACACAUCUGGAGUCAGCAUCGUCCUCGGUUUCUGCUGCCAUAGCAUGUUUACCUCCCCGUUACGUCGCAGAGUUCCUCAUCAAUGUCGCCAAUAAAUAUGCACAGACGAACAAUUUCUAUGUGGAAGAAGACUGGCUCCGCGAUAAGCUGGCUAUAUGCUAUAACAACCCAGAUAGUCUUACCUCGGUUGAUGCAGCAUCUGUUUGUGCUAUCUUGAUGCUUUUGGCGAUAGGAACGCAGUUCGCACACAUGGCUUCACCAACGCCGGUCAACAAAAUCAGUCGCGAGGAGUCGUCAACAGAUGACCACCGAUUUUCGGAAGAUGAAGUCGGGCUGACAUUCUACCAUUUUGCGUCUAAACUGCUUCCAGAUAUCAUUGCUACUGCGUCUGUCAGGAGUGUACAGGCGUGCUUGCUGAUUGGGACUUAUUUAUUGCCACUUGAUACCUCUGGAUUAUCGUACACUUACUUUGGACUGGCAAUAAAGUUGGCAAUCCAAAAUGGCAUGCACCGAAGGUACACUGGUGAAGGUUUGGACCCGCACAUGCAGGAGGUGCGAAACCGUGUGUUCUGGACAGCCUUCACUAUUGAGAAACGAAUCAGUAUUUUGCAUGGCAGACCUGCUUCGAUUACCGACACAGAUGUUGAUGCCAAUUUGCCGGUGGAUUUACCUAGCCUACAUUCGAGCACUACAACCAACAACCUUACAAACAUGGUAGCUUUGAUUAAGUUGACGUUGAAAUUAGGCAAAGUCGCCGAGGAAAUAUCAUCAUUGCGCAAAGCCCACAAAUGGCAGCAACCGAACCCUCUGGAGAACCUUCUUACCCAGCGUCGAGAAUUGAUAGAAUGGUGGUCGAGUCUUCCAGAAGAGACAUCAUGCCGCGACCUCAACCCCACUAGCCCACUAUUCCGCUGCAACGUGCAUCUCAAACUCGACUAUUGCCUGACCAGAAUAUUUAUGGGCCGUCCGUUCCUUUUCAGUAAUUUGCGAAACGGUAACCAAUCUUCAUUACAAAAGACAUCCGCGAGUCGAUCUAAGUUGAGAACCAUCCUGGUAAGCGAUUGUGUUGAAGCAGCACUGGAAAUAGUCGACUUGUGUCGUCUCUUGCGUGACGAAACAGGUCUUGCACGAGCCUCGUACACAGAGUUCAGCUCAUGUCGUGCGGCGCUGCUUGUGAUAUUGGCACAAAGCUUGACAAAGCGCACGGAGAGGCUACGUAAUGCACUGACUCAGGGCAUGGGGCUAAUAAAGAUCAUGUCGAUGGGUAUUGGUUCGGCUAGAUCAGCCGUAAGUGUCAUUGAAACCCUGGAGCGGGCUAUUCGUCGCCUAGAAGAUUGGAGCGAGAUCCAAGGUCCCGCCAAAGAGCCUCAAGAUUCAGCAGACUCUGGCUAUGAGCGUUUCAAAAGCUGGGAGAUGUUGUGGAAAACAGGGCCCAUUUCGCCAGCGACUGGCAAUUCAUCAUCAAACAGUGACAAGUCUCAAUCUACUCUGAAAAGGAAACGCGACGCCAGUGAGAUGCAAUUUUCAUCCUCGGCUAAUGCUACAUCACUAUCCAACCCGACAAUACCCUUUACAACUGAGCUUGCUGUUCCCGGCGACAUUGACACCGGGUUAUUACCUGACACCCUUACUGGAUCGAUAAGCGAUAACACAGAUAGUAAAAAGUUUGUCAACCUAGAAAAUGGCAAUACUCAAACACCAGACGAUACAUCAAUCUUCCACCAACUGGACAUGGCACACUCUUCAAGCACUGCCGGAUUACCCCAAGUCCCACAGUUCGGCUUUGAGGGGUUUGUCACCAAUUUUCCGCAGGAGUUGGAUGAGUUUACAGCAAUAUCAUGUUUUGACAGUGAUUUUUUGGCACAAAAUGCAGCUUCAUCGGGAGGCAGUGUGGAUAAUAUUGAUGGUAGUGUGUCCAACGGAGACGGAUGGUUGGCGUGA